AUGAGGAUUAAAACAUUUUUUAUAAUUUUACUUUUAUUAACAUCACGAACCUGUGGAACAAGUUUCGGCAGAAAGAGGACUUCGAACUGUCGUAAAGAUAAUGAACAAUUUUUAAGCAAAGUAGAUCUUUGUGAGAACGACCAAAGUGCAACCUUGGAUUAUUAUUAUAAUUACGACCCAACUGAAUUUGGCAUAGUACAGAAAAUUCCGUAUUUUAGUUCCUGUUCCCCUUGCAACACCAUAGAAAUUGAUUUCUCGUCGGCUAGCAUUAGAUGUGGAAUGUGUCUUGCAAUUGCUGAAAAGAUAAAUCAAACUUUAUUGGAUGUCCAUGAAAUGAUGUCACCAAGUGCAUGUCUGGACGACACCGAAGUUGAGCUCUUCUUGAGAACCAUUUGCGAUCACGAAUUUCAAUACUAUCGUCUGCGAGAAGUUAACGGAAAGAAGUUCAUUUGCGACGAUUCGCCUGGUUCUAUUUUGAUUUCUACUUCAGCAGAUGGACUUUGGGGAAAAGAACUGAGGGAUCUAUGUCAUUAUUAUUUGGAUGAAAUUGGUGAGAAUCAACUUUACGAACAAUGGCAGAAAUGGUGUAACGACGACGAAAACUCUCCUGACAUCUCUAACGUUAUGUGUCGAAGCGAAAUGGGAUUGCUGCGAGACUGCAGGAACAUGGAGAAUCUAGAGAAAUAUGAGCCUCCUUAUAAGACAUACAACACCAAAGUGAAAAUUACUGCGACGUACGGCAAAUAUGGCAACCCCGAAUGAUACAUUUCGCGUGAAAAUGUGUAAUCUGAAAUGAGAUCGUUUAGAAAUCACAUUGAUAUAAAUGUUUGCUCAUCUCUCACUUUAUUUGUGUAAUAGGUGUUUACUUUACAGUAAGAAUUGCUAAAUCACGGAACAUUUUGUUACAGAAUUAUUACUUCUUCUAAAUCUUCUACAUAUUCUGCAUACUUGUUUAUUGUAACUCCGAACCGGUUCCAAUAAUCUACGCUCAGUUGGACUUUGGUCCAUUGGCUUCAGGCAUGAUAAACCUUUUUUAAACCAUUUUACAAGGUAACUCAAGAAUUACGCGUAAAAGAUUUCAAGUGGUUCCAAAGUUCUCUCCUUUUACUGUCACGAGAUCCAAAGCAGAGGCAAUUUAUCAUGUUAAAUCCAGUAAAAAACCGAGGAUAAUCGAUCUAUCCAUUAGAUAUAUCGAUAAAUCAAAAAAAGAUCAUUUCUCAGAUCUUUAAGUAACGUCAAUAGUGACUCUGCGAUCAAAUGUAAUGUAGAAAUGCAAGUCCCAAAAUGAUGGAAAUUAUCAAGAUUUCUCUAAUACCCGUUUACAGUCGUUGCAAUUUUUUAUGCUUGUCGUCUAUAUAUAUUACAUACGCGAAUGCACACAGAAUUACCAUAAGUUAUUCAUGA